AUGGAUAACACGGAUAAUUACAGUGCACGGGGUGAGAUGAUACGUCAGUUCCAGGAUCAGGGAAUCGCAGAGGCAACGCUGGAAUCAUUAAACUGGGAUUUGCAACGAGCAAUUGAAACUCACAUAAACAGUAGUAGUGAUGCACCACCAGAUGGUGGUGAUGAUCGUCCGUCCGGCGUUGAAAACAUGGAAACCGACGAUCCGCCUGCUCCGACAGCGGACAGUAAUCGAACUUCGCGCACCCCAUCACCACAACUGAUCACCGGGGCCCAUUGGCGCGAUGAUAACAAUACAACAGGAUCCUCGUCCUCCUCCUCAGCUAGAACAAGACGUCGGAGGACAGCAAUGGACACGUCAACUGAUAACGAUUUUGUAACGGCGCGUAUAUCCGAACUGUCAAAUGGUAGCAGUGAUCGGUCAUAUCGUGGGCACAGUGAUAGUGAUAGUGAUUUGGAUAAUGAUUUCGACACAAAUAUACCGGUAACACAUCGUGAACUUGAGAGUUUUCUUUUCUGCACAUGCGGCAUUCACGAUGUGUUAUUUCAAGUUCGAGAAAUUUCCAUUUUUCGGCAUCACGUAGGCGAAUUCUUUUCCAAAUUCAUUCGAAUAAUACCAAUGUUCAGCUUCGCUGUUAUCUGUUUUGCAUCGAUACUUUGGGCGCAGCUGCAGCUACCUCAGCUUCGCGAAGUUUUAAGUCCUGUUUUCAUCCGUUGUUAUCGCUUCAAAAGCUGCUUGAUGAUGUAUGGUAACAAUCAUCCGCACUUCUUUUCGGGUUCAUUACAAGAAGCAGUACGCGAAGCAUUCGAGGCACCAGGGCGAGAAGCUGCGGAACGGCGUCCACUCGCUGUUCUUUGUUCGGAUGUUGUCGCAUCGUUGCUGAAAGGGCAAUUCGUGACAUGGCCCUGGGAUAUGACUCAGAAAGAAAAUCGACAAAAGCUCUUCGAAUGGAUGGAUGCACUAAAUAUUCGUGACGUCAAACGAAGCUUGGAC